ACAAGUAUGUCAUGUUCUCUCCAUACUUGUAUGUGUCUGUGUGAGAGGAGGAGUAAUGUGAUACAGCUCUCCCACCAUCAUUGAGCCCUCCCUCUUUCUCCCUUAGUUUCCCUCUAUUCAGUCUCUCCUACUGAAGGAACACUACAGAGCAUUCUCUCUUUUCCUCACUCAUGAUGAGGCUGCCUCCGCAGCAACCAGCAAAGUACAGUCCAGCCAGGGUGGCUUUCAGCUCUGAGGUCUGGAAGGUUUGGUCAGUGGCAUGUCCACAGAACCUUUACCCAAAAACAACAACCGCUCUGAUUCUCUACUCCCUAUUCACUUCGCAUUUUUCAUCGUUCUCAGGACUAGCCUAUUGCAUCAGUCACUUAGUCAGUGAGGGACUGUUUACCAGUCUCUUUGUUCUCUUUCCUGCUCUUUUGCUUUGUUCCAUUGCUCAACUUGAAGCACAGGGCGAAAGGGAGACUGGGUUGUUUUCUAAUAGUUGGGAAAGACUUUCUGUGGCCUUAUGCUUAGCCACCUCCCUCGCAAUUUCCCUCCCUUUCUCCUUCUAGUGGCUGUUUUCCUGUCGUAGCUGGGAACUGACUGAGGCAAGACUGUUUUCCUGUUGUGGCGUCACUUACACACGCUCUUUCUAUUCUAUUACUCGCUUUCUGUAUUUCUCUCUCGAUCCACUGUUCUGGCCACAGUUGGACAAGGCUUUUAGGAUUUCCUCUCUCAUUGCCAAGAGUCGUGAGAAAUCGAAUUGCUGACACCAGCUUGACCUUGGAUAUCGCAUCGCAUGUUGAGCAGUUUCCUCUGACAGUGGACUGAGUGUCUCUGUGAGUCUCUCAACCUGGGACGACUGCUCUUCUGGCCACAGCGUCCAUGAGGUAACGGCGGGAAGCCCCAUACCACCCUCACUCCGCCCUCCAUCCCCCUCUCCCUCCAUCCCCCUUUGCAGCGAUGGGUCAGAAGAUCUCGGGCAGCAUCAAGUCAGUGGACGCACGGGGUGAGCCUUCAUACCGGCCGGUCCGCCGUGAGCUGCAGGGUCCAGACUUCUGCCGGCCUCCUCGUCUGGACCUGCUUCUGGACAUGCCCCCUGCGACCUCUGACCUGCAGCUCCACCACGCCUGGAACCCAGAGGACCGCUCGCUCAACGUCUUUGUCAAGGAGGACGACAAGCUGACCUUCCACCGCCACCCGGUGGCCCAGAGCACCGACUGCAUCCGCGGCCAGGUGGGCUACACACGGGGGCUCCAUGUCUGGAGGAUCCACUGGCCGGCGAGACAACGAGGAACACACGCUGUCGUAGGGGUGGGCACGGCUGAUGCUCUUCUACACUCUGUGGGUUACACGGCCCUGGUGGGUUCUGACUGUGAGUCGUGGGGCUGGGACUUGGGCCGGAACAGACUCUACCACGACAGUAAGAACCGGCCGGCCUCCACCUCGGCACCAACAUACCCGUGUUUCCUGGAGGCAGACGAGUCAUUUGUUCUGCCAGACGCCCUGCUGGUGGUGCUGGACAUGGACGAAGGCUCGCUCAGCUUCAUGGUGGACGGCCAGUACCUGGGCGUGGCCUUCAGAGGGUUAAAGGGCAGGAGGCUGUACCCCAUCGUCAGCGCCGUGUGGGGACACUGUGAGGUCUCCAUCCGUUACAUCAAUGGACUGGAUCCGGAGCCCCUCCCCCUGAUGGACCUGUGCAGGCGAGUGGCCAGGCUGGCUCUGGGGCGGGACCGACUCAACCAGAUAGACACCCUCCCUCUGCCAGAGACCCUGAAGAACUACCUCCAGUACCAGUGACCCCACACACUCACCAGGACAACGGACGACUGACUGCUUGACGGCAGCUACAUUUCACUACAGUCGACCCCCAGAAAUGUAACCCUGAACCAUUGGACAUCUACUGAGGAUAAUGAUGAUGGACGGGAGGAAGCCUAUGAAGGAGUUUCUUUUUAGGAUUUGUCUGUUUUUAAUUUGUUUUUUAAAUUUGCUCACUGCUGUGAUGGAUGAUGGACAGAGGGAGGAUUAACGAAAGGAGGGGGAUGGGCUUCAGUCUGGACUGUAGCAGAAGUGUUGGGCUAUGAUGCUGGCUUCUCAUUGGGUAUAUGGGUCUAUAGUGCUUCUAGAAUAUGUGCCUGGAGGAACAGGGCGUUUGGGGAUGACGCAUAUAGACAUCAUACAUAGUUACUGUACAUCUAUACAGAUUCUCUGGAAGGCUCUCGGAACAUCUAGAUAUUUAUAUUUAGAGCCUAUAGCAGGCUCCACUGAGACUCACCAGCCCCUAGCCACAGGGAGCUAGAGGAUGGAAAACACACAGGCAGGCGAACAUCCUUGAAUGCAUG